AUGGUACCGACGGCCGAGAAUGACACGUCCCUGGACUGGGCCGGGCUGGGCUGGGAUUCACCGGACUACUUCCGGUUGUUUAGCGAUGGCAGUUCCGAGCCGCUCGCUCACAACGACACAGUGCUGGAUGUGCGGGUGCUCCCGGGUCGGCCUACUGUGGCCACGCUGCUCGCGAACGCAACGUCUGCGGCCGCGAUCGCCUCCACUAACGACACGGACCAGUAUUACGCCGACGAACCGGCUCCGUUUAACGAUUCGCUCGAGUCGAGCGAUGGCGACAGUGCACGGGGCAGCAUUUUCGAGCUGCUGGCCGAGGACAUCGGCGCCAUCUUCUACAACGCGAACGGCACGUACGGGAACGACACGGCCGGUUUGGCCGCCAACUGUUCCCUCACCAACACAACCUGCAUCGGACCGGCGGAAGCGAAAGAGUACCACUACUGGUGCCUGAUACUGGUGCUGUUCCCGAUCCUGACGCUGUUCGGCAACGUGCUGGUGAUAUUGGCCGUGUGCCGCGAACGGACUUUACAGACAGUGACCAAUUAUUUUAUAGUGUCGUUGGCGAUAGCCGAUCUCCUAGUGGCCGUGGUCGUGAUGCCGUUCGCCGUGUACGUUUUGGUGAACGGUGCAUGGUCGUUGCCAAAUUUCGCUUGUGAUUUCUACAUAGCUAUGGAUGUGAUAUGCUCAACGUCGUCGAUAUUUAAUUUAGUUGCAAUAUCAAUAGACAGAUACAUCGCGGUGACGCAGCCAAUAAAGUACGCGAAGCACAAAAACAGCCGCCGGGUGUGUCUGACGAUCCUGCUGGUGUGGGCGAUAUCGGCCGCGAUCGGAUCACCGAUCGUGCUGGGACUGAACAACACGCAGGACCGCUCGCCGGACCUCUGCGUGUUCUACAAUACCGAUUUUAUAGUGUACUCGUCCCUCACUAGCUUUUAUAUCCCGUGUAUCAUAAUGGUCUUUUUAUACUGGAAUAUUUUUAAGGCAUUGCGAACGCGAGCGAAAAAGCAACGAGCUGCCCGAAAGCCGCACCUCUCGGAGAUCACCGCCGGUGGCAGCAUCAUCGAGAACAUCGCCCAAACGAAGCGCCUGGCGGAGACGCAGCUGGACGGAAGCACGCGCAGCGGCUCAAAAAUCCUUCCGGACGAGGAACGUCCCACCAACACGGCUUCCGGUUCGAACGAGGAGGACGACGAAAACGCCGGGUCCCCUGACAUUGACGACUGUCAUGUGAUUGUGAACGAUAAAUCAACAGAAUUUAUGUUGGCGACAGUCGUGGAGGAGGCCGGAAACUUCUCGACGUCUACUUUUAGUGUGGUGGCGCAGAUCGCGACAACGCAACAGGUCCCAUCCGACCCGAACGGGAACCAUGACUCUGGUUAUGCGCCCUCUAGCGGCGCCGACGCCCUGGCGGCAAACGCCACCCCACCGGAAAGCCUCAACGUGGCCGCUACGGUGAUUGUAAAUAAAAGUGCGGCCCUUCGCAGCAGGAACGGUUCGCCGAGGAAGGAAACGACAAGUGUUACCUUAAAACCCCUCUCGUUAGUUAGAUGCGGUGUCCAGCAGGCACUGUCGCUCAAUCGGAACGACUCAACCUUAUCAACGAACUCCCGGGAUAGCUCCAGGAAGGACAAAAAGAACACCCAAGCAUCCAGAUUUACCAUCUACAAAGUGAACAAAGCGUCGAAGAAGAAACGGGAAAAAUCGUCAGCUAAAAAGGAACGCAAAGCGACCAAAACAUUAGCGAUAGUCUUAGGUGUGUUCCUAUUCUGCUGGGUGCCAUUCUUCACGUGCAACAUCAUGGACGCGAUGUGCGCCAAGCUCGAGAAGGACUGCCGGCCAGGCGUGACGAUCUUCAACCUAACCACGUGGCUCGGCUACAUGAACAGCUUCGUCAACCCGGUCAUCUACACCAUCUUCAACCCGGAGUUCCGCAAAGCGUUCAAGAAGAUCAUGCACAUCGAGUGA